CUCCAUUGCCAUACACUUAAGCUUCUCUCGAUUCUCUGGCAUUUGAUCUUCAAGAUGAUGGUGGUCGUUUCCUAUCUCGGAAACAAACUACAACGGCUUUGUAGCUCUUUGUGUUUCGGUAUCGCCAGUUUUUGUCGAUUCCUAUGGUUUUUACUCACUUGUUUCUAUCAUUAUGUCUUGGGUCGUAUGAAUCACUUCUCCAUAGAACUCUUCUAUUUUCUCUUCCUUUCGACCAUCGGAUUCCUUAUUCUCAAUGCAACCGAUCCAAGAACCGCCACAUUUACCCCUAAAAAGUUGGACUUAUUCUUUACCUCCGUCUCUGCAUCCACUGUCUCCAGCAUGUCCGUCGUUGAAAUGGAGGUUUUCUCCAACACCCAACUCAUCAUUAUGACAAUCUUGAUGUUCAUCGGCGGUGAGGUCUUCACGUCAAUGGUGGGACUCCAUGUUUCACAUCAUCAGCGCUCUGCGAAAAAGGGUGGUAGAGUGAAUGACUCCAUGAGUGAUCUCGGCAUCCCAGCAAACUUUGCUGACCACCAUCUCGAGCUAGGCACCAUCGCCAACCCUGAAUUCGAGAGCUCGAAAUCAGAUAUUUUUGACUUGGGUUAUGAUCCUGAACCUGUGGCCCAUACCGAGGACUUGAAAUGCAAAUCCAUCAGAUUUCUGGGGUUUGUAGCAUUGGGUUACUUACUUCUGGUUCAAACCUUGGGCGUGGUCUCAGUUUUGGUGUAUAUAAAUGUCAUCUCAAGCGCCAAAAAUGUACUCGAGCAAAAGGGUCUAAAGCCGUUCACCUUUUCUCUCUUCACCAUUGUUUCCACAUUUGCUAGCUGUGGGUUUGUUCCCACCAAUGAAAACAUGAUCGUCUUUCGAAAGAACUCUGGCCUAUUAUUACUUCUAAUCCCUCAAAUUCUUCUAGGUAACAAUCUGUACCCUUCAGCUUUGAGGUUUUCCGUUUGGGCCAUCGGAAAAUUCAAGAAGAAAGCCGAAACCCGUUACUUAUUGAACAAUGGCCAUAACAUCCGGUUCCAUCAUUUUCUUUCUCACUUACACUCGUCGUAUCUUGUGGUGACGGUGUUGGGUUUUAUCCUUGUGCAAUUCGUACUGUUUUCGGCCAUGGAAUGGGGUUCUGAUUCUUUGAAUGCUUUGAACCACUAUCAAAAAUUCAUCGGGGUUUUGUUUCAGACCAUCAAUACGCGACAUACCGGUGAAACCAUCGUCGACCUCUCCACCGUUGUUGCUGCCUCAUUGGUGUUGAUCGUAGUCAUGAUGUAUCUUCCUCCAUAUACCUCGUUUUUGCCAUUAUCGGCAAAAAGAAACGGCGACAGAAAUAGUGACCAAAGAAAACGGAAAAGCAACAAAGUUCGGUUGGAGAAAUAUAUCUUCUCACAGCUCACGUAUCUUGUCAUCUUCGUCAUCCUUGUUUGCAUAACCGAGAGGAAAAAGAUUAAACAAGAUCCCCUCAAUUUCAACGUUCUCAAUAUCAUUGUUGAAGUUAUAAGUGCUUACGGAAACGUUGGGUUCACAAUGGGCUACAGUUGUGAUCGUCAACUAAAACCAGAUGGCAUUUGUGAAAACAAAUGGUACGGAUUCUCGGGAAAAUGGAGCGACGAGGGUAAACUAAUUCUGAUUGUAGUCAUGGUUUUUGGUAGGCUUAAGAAAUUUAACAUGAAUGGAGGAAAAGCAUGGAAGCUGUUGUAAUUAUUAAGUAUAUAUGAACUUGUCUUCAUGCCCUCCAAACAUGCACAUCAUGUAUAGAAGCACAAAAAAGAAACUUGCUUGAUGUUUGGGUUGGUGAUUCGCAAAUC